AUGAUGCAUCUGUGCCACCAUAAGAAGGCACCUCUCGGUAAAGCCGAGGUCAUCCAAACCUAUGCGCUGGGCGAUUCCGUCUUCAGAGCCAGGACCGAAGACCAUGCACAGCUCUUGUCCGGCGGCACCCUACUAAUGGUGGUCAAGCGAGUCGAACUUCAGACAUUGAGCGAAAGCCUGCUCUACGGAGAACCUUCUAUCGUGACACCGUCCAGCGAUGCCGAAUUAGAGUGGGAGACGAUCAAGGUGAACAGCCAGCAGUUCGUAGCGUUGUGGCGCCUUCUGCUAACCAAGAAUCAAGGCCUGCUGCUCAAGGCUCGAGGCUACCCGCAUGCUAUGUCGCCACUCCUCAGUUUGUUCAUUCUGCUGCCCAACCAGCUCAGCGCUGAUCCGUCGUUUCUCCUGCGGAGCGUCAUGACGCGAGAGCAGUACCUGCCGCCCCCCGCCAGAACCCUUUCGCAAGCCGAGUCAGUACAACAGAAGAUGCUCACAGAGAUGGAUCAGCAUCUCAACAAGGUGGCCGUGUGCGACUACAACCCGCUCGAUCACACAAGCCAGUUCCACGAGUUCGUUGGCCGCCUUGUCCUCGCGAACCGGGACGACGCCCCGACGGCUCCCGAGCGCAAGGGCCAACCCUUCAAACCAACGGCUGGCCCAAGCUCGACCCGCUUCACCAACCGCAAGACGACAACAACGAACCUGGUGCGCAUCGGCGAUGUCGCGCUGAAAAGUUCGGCCAAGAGCUCUUCGUCAGCGCGAAGGCACAUGACCCUUCUCUGA